AUGAGUUAAUCAAAUCCAAGUCACAAUUAUUAUUCGCAAGGUGUAUCAGAUAAAUUCAAGCCUCCUUUCAAUUAAAAAUUACUCAAAGAAAAAAUUAAUGAAUUACAGAAUGCUAUUCAAAGAACAGAAAAAGAAUAUAAUUAAGCAAAUCAAAUAAGUGAUAAGACAAAUAGUAAGGCUAAAUAAUCAUUAAAUUCGUUCGAUAGGACCUAAAAUUAAAAAGAUUCAUAGAUUGAAAACCUAAUUGUUGAAAAUCAAAUUCUAGUUAAAGCCAUUUAAAAAUUAGAAACUAAGGUCAAGAACUAAGUUUAAUUAUAAAAUGAAAAUCAAACCCUUAAACAAAAUGUUGAAGACAUAAAAUCAGAAAAUGAGUUAUUAAAAUAAAAAAAAACGUUAAAAAAUGAUAGCAAAUUAUCAUCUGAUGCUGCCCUAGGAAUUUUAGCAGCAAAAAGAAGCUAAGAAAUCUAAAUAUUAACUAAUGAAGUCAAAGAAACAAAAUAGAAAAAUCAAAACCUCUAAGGAAAAUUAGAUAAACUCAUUUUAGAGAAUUAGCACUUGUAGUCUAUAAUCAAAAAUUCAGAGAACUAAUAAUUGAGAUCUGAUUCAUAGAAUAAUUCAAUUAAAAAAAAUAAUUUUGUUGAAAAGCAUUCUGAUUAAAAUUAAACUAAAUAAAAUGAGCAAAUAUUUUAACUCUAGUUAGAACUAGAUGAUGCAAAAAAAACAAUAACACAACUACAAAAAUUAAAUAAAGCAAAUCAUUAUACAUAAUAAUCAUCUAAUUAUAAAUUUAGUAAUUCUAAUGAUAAGAUAUCAAAAAGUUAAUCUUUAGAACCAUCUCAUUUUGAUAAAGAUAAGAGGAUGAAAGAGCUAGAAGAAAAGAUAAAAAAGCUAUAAUUUGAAAAGGAUAGCCAACUUUAUACUACAAAAUUAGAAUGUGCACAGGAUUUGAAAUAGUUUCAAGAGAAAUUGAAAUAGGAGUACAAUUAAAAAUAGUAAUUUGAAAAUGAUUACGACAAGCCAACUUAAGAUAAAGUAAAGAAAUUGAGUGCUGAAAACACUAAAUUUCAAAUAAUGCUUGAAAGAUAGAAUAAGGAAAUCAUGAAUAUGGAGAGAAAAUUUACUGAAUUAUUAAUGUAAAAGGAAGAACUUUAAUAAAAUUUGUUGAAAGAACAACAGUUUUAAGGGUAUCUUAAAUAGGAAAAGUCUUUGUUACAAAAUUCAUUGAAAGAAAAAGAUAAAGAAAUCAGUGAGCUUAAGGAUGAUAUCAUCAAACUUUCAAAGGAAAGACAAUAAUUAAAAGAUCAAAUAGAGAAGCUAAAAUUUGAAGUCAAAAUGAGUUAAAUUAAAAGCAGUAAUAGACCUCAAAGUCAUCAAAGUGAAACUAGUAAAAGGAACAGAUGA